GUUUGCAUUUCUCCACAGAAGAUUAGUAAAGUAAGGAUGUCCCAGACUGUCCCUCCGAUUCUCUCUGUUCUCCCCAGUCGGGCUCUGGUUGAUAAGAAGUUCAAGGUGGUGGUGGAGAAUCUACCUCCAGGAUCUCCAGUAACACUUCACUCCCUCCUCCACUCUGAGGAAAAUGACUUCUGGGAGGCAUUCGGACACUACAUCAGUGAUCACAGGGGAACAGUGUGUGUUGCAGAGGAUUUGAGUUUUGGAGGCACGUACACAGGAAAAGAACCCAUGGGUUUGUUGUGGAGUAUGCGCCCAGUCCCAGGCAGCCGGAAAGGCCUCAGGCACUUCAGUGGUAUCAACCCCAAGAGGGGAACAAAGGUCAGCCAGGGGAAGGUGAAUCCCAAGAAGACCAGGAAGCUGGUCCAGAAAAACGCAGCAACUGUGAAUCCCCAUGUGGCCACCAUGAAACCAGACUUGGAAAAUCAUGUAUCAUCCUCUCAUUGGUUCAAUUCAGGAACCAGGCCUUUAGGCGUGAACCCGCCCUCAGACCAUUUUAAUAAUCUGUUUCUUCUUGCCUCAGGUCCAGGACCCUUCCCCGGGCUGUUGGAUAUGUGGGGAGGCGGUGGAGGGCUGGUCGAGUAUCGUUCGGCCUUGCUGGCUUCCCGUGGUUAUGUUUCUUUUGCGCUGGAGUAUUUCGCACCCUGUGAACAGAGGUCAGCAGAUGUAGAGUUGAACCUUUUUGAGACAGCAUUUUGUAUUCUCAAAGACCAUCCUCAAGUGAUCCCAGAGAAAAUUGGACUACUUGGUCUUUCCCUCGGCUCGACUGUGACCAUGUAUUUGGCAGCUGAGAGCACCGUUAUCAAGCCUCGUUGUUGUGUUUGUGUCAGCGGCAGCCAUGGUUAUCGGCGUGGAGGGCCCCUCAGAGGAGUCUUUGAACUGUUGCUCAAGAAUUCUCACAUGAUGCAUGUGGAUGAGAACAACUAUCAAAUAUGGCGAGAUAUGGGUCUAGGACUUACCAGUGACCUAUCAAAGAAAGUGGACGUAGGGAAAAUAAACUGUCCAAUGUUGUUGGUCAACAGCGAAGACGAUCACGUCUGGGCCACAGUGGAGUGUGCUGAGGAUAUCGCCCAGAUGAUGCAGGCUGCAGGGAAGGAGCACCUGCUGACCAGAGUACAAUACCCCAACACUGGACAUCUGAUUGAGCCGCCCUACUCACCUCACGUCAGGGCUUCUAACUUUAUAAUACAUUACACAAAACAGAAAGUCAUAAUGCUGUGGGGAGGACAAACCAAACCCCAUUCAGAUGCUCAGGAAGACGCCUGGAGGAAGAUCUUAAGCUUUCUACAGCACAAUCUCUACUGCAGCCCAACUCUCAAAGCCAAGAUGUGAAUGAUUACAUAAGCCAAAAAAUUGCUGUUGUGUGAUGAGGUCGUUUUCAUUACCUUAACACUAAUACCACAUGAUAUUUGGUCCUCACUGUAUUGGACCAUGUGCCUUUGUUGUGAUGAAUUGAAGUGCACAUUUAUUAUAUUCAUAUUUUUCAAAUUAUUGUCAUUAUUUCAUGUCCAAAAAGAAAAGACAAAUCUUUGCUUAGUUGAAUUAUCUUCAAGCCUUUGAGAUGUAAUGUAUUUACACAUGACAGCAAUUUUAAACAGUUGUGGAUUUCUGAAGAUCAUUUUUAUUAUAGAUUAGUAUCUUAUAUUUGGUUUUCAACACAUGAUGUUGAGUUAAAUCAGGGUUUUUAACACAGAUUAAAUGAACAGGUCAAGAUUUCAUUCCACUUUUCAGGUAAAUACCAUAGCAAAAUCAUUUUUAAGGGCCUACCUACCGACCGUAGUGUAUUCAGUCUGACAUCUUGUUUUUUCAAGGGACAAGAAUUUUACGUUGCCCAAACCAGUAUUAGUAAUUGAUAACUAACUACUUUUGUUUUUUACAGGUGAUAAUGUGUUAACUAAGUGUCUUGAAGAAAAUACUAGACGAGGCUGAGUCUGAGAUUUCCAUGAUGUCCACUGAAUCAAUUAGUUCCCUUUAUUACGAAACUUCAAAACAGUGACAAUUGCUAAAGACACAAAAGGGAGAUUGUGUUUAACUUUUAAUUUUUUUUAAAUUAAAAUAAUAUAAUAAGACUAGGGCUCUGUACCAAUUACAAAAAACAGUAAUUUAUUGAAAGCUAGCAUUAAAUGUCUGGUCAGAUCUUUUAUUUUAAUAAUCUUUCCUCAGAUAGUUUGUGAUUUUAAUCUAAAUUUGUCUAUUUUUUGACUGUGUAUUAUAUUUAGGCUUCUAGGAUUGCUUGUUUGGCAUUUAACAACAUGCCUACCCUGUCCUUCUCAAGAUAAACAAUUGAAGCAGUCCAGAAAAUUGACUAAUGGCAGCUAACGAGGUAGCCACCAUUAUAAGUCCUGCUGUCAGCCUGAGUCAGCUAUUUUCUCAUGUUUCUAGUGUUUUCUUACAUACAAGACAUUUAAUUAAAGAUUCACUGUUACAAUUCAGAGACGAAUAGUUUGAGCAAUGUAGAUUGUAGUGGUAGCUAAUAGCUUUGUUAGCUAAUUUAGCUAGCUAUCAUCAAAAGUGUCAAAAAUCACCUCAUAAAAAAACUAGUUUUUAUUUUUGAGAUUAUGUGCACUUAAAAUAUCAGAUUCAAUAGUUUCUAACAGUGACAUCAUGUUUUAGAUAUCCUGACAUUAAGAUGUUUGAUGCCACUUGUGCUGAUGUUAUUUCUGCCAUAAAAUCAUUCAUUCUGAUUUAUUAGCAUGUCUACCAAGUGUUGCAGAUCUCAGCGAUGAGAAUCAUUCAUGUUCUUCUGUUCAAAAGAUAUUAGCCUAUGUUUUGUUAAAUUAUAAAAUAAGCUCAAUAAAAUGGAAAUGACACUUGCUACCCUUAAGGAAAGGAUCCAUAUAUAAUCAUUAUGGAAGGAAUAUUUCAAGCCAUGAAGAACAUAGCCAAAGAGUUGUAAACCCUAUUAGCUCUUGUGAAAUCCCUGUUGGGCCUCUGGUUUUCAGAAAAUGUAAAAAAAAACCUUUCAUCAUCUUCAACAGUAUGCUUUACCAAAUUGGUGUUUACUGCAGGCCUGUCAUAUUCUGUGACUCUGUUAUUUUGUCCACUCCCUGUAUACUGAGAGGAUAUCACAGGGAACAGUACCACAUACUCCCAAAUACAAUUAAAUACAAGACACAAGAAUUUCUUUUGGUUGUAGAGGGGUUAUCAAAAGAAAAUAACAUUAAACAUUCUGGCUUUAUGAAAAACCUACAUAUUUGUUUUUGUACUAAGAUUGAUAAUAAUUUUGCUGAAUAAUAAAAUCACUGUGGAGAAUAAACAUUAGAGAAUCAAACUGGAUAAACCUAUUAAUAUAAUAAACUUGGGUAUUAAUACCCACCAUA